AUGCAGCGCUGCCCCCAUUCCCAGCCACUGGACACUGGCCCAGUCCAGGACCGUGAAGACUGGUUCUACCUUAUCAGCGGAGGGGUUCCCUUCAUCAUCUGCGGGGUCACGGCCGCCAUGAACAUCAGGAAUUACGGGAUGGAGAAUGAGGACAUGCCCUACUGCUGGAUGGCCUGGGAGCCCAGCCUGGGUGCGUUCUAUGGGCCGGCGGCCUUCGUCACCCUGGUCACCUGCGUGUACUUCCUGGGCACCUACGUCCAGCUGCGGUGCCACCCAGAGCGCAGGUACGAGCUGAGGGCGCGGCCAGAAGAGCACCUGCGGCUGGCCGGGCCCGGGGCCGGCCACAACCCCAGGGCCCGGCCGGGCUCGCCGGCCGCCUCGCUGCUGCAGAACGAGCACUCGCUCAGGGCCCAGCUGUGGGCCGCGGCCUUCACGCUGGUCCUGUUCACAGCCACCUGGACCUUCGGGGCGCUGGCUGUGUCCCAGGGCCCCUUCCUGGACAUGGUCUUCAGCUGCUUGUACGGCACGUGCUGCGUGACGCUGGGGCUCUUCGUGCUCAUCCACCACUGUGCCAAGCGGGAUGACGUGUGGCACCACUGGUGGUCCUGCUGCCCCUCCCGCGGGGACCCCCCCUCCUCCAAGCUCGCUGCCCGCCCCGCGCUCGACACCAACGGGGACGCCCUGGCGCGCGUGGCCUGCCUGCAGGACGCGCCAUGUCCGGCCAAGCCGCGGGGCUUCGGCCACUGCAAGGUGACCAACCUGCAGGCUGCCCAGAGUCACGUCAGCUGCCUGUCACCGGCCACGCCAUGCUGCGCCAAGAUGCACUGUGAGCAGCUGAUGGAGGACGCGGCCCACGUCCAUGUGCACGAGGAGGACGCCUUUGGGCCAGACCCGCAUCCGCACACGUGUCUCCAGGGCAGAACUAAGGCUCCCUACUUCAGCCGGCACCGGGCAGCCUCGGUGGAGCAGGGAUACGCCUACCACAUCCCGUCCAGCCUGGACGGCAGCCCCCGCAGCUCGCGCACAGACAGCCCCCCCAGCUCGCUCGAGGGCCCAGCGGGGGCGCACACGCCGGCCUGCUGCGCCCAGGGCGACCCCUUCCCCUUGGUCAGCCAGCCCGAGGGCAGCGACACCAGCCCAGUGCUCUAUGGCUGCCCCCUGCGGCCAGGCAGGGAGCCGGCCCACGGCCCAGCGCACUUCGAGAUGCUCCGGAGGACGCAGUCCCUGCCCUUCGGUGGACCCGGGCAGAAUGGGCUGCUCAAGGGAGACAUGUGUGAAGUCCUGUCCUUCAGUGCCAAUGGCGUGGGCAAUAUCCGGACAGGGCCGUGGAAGAACGAGACCACUGUGUAGCUGGGCCGGCCUCACGUCACCCAGCCCUGACGGACGAGCGUCGGAGCAGAGCGGGGUCCUGCCACGUGAGGCCAGCGGGGGCUCACUUCUCAGAAGCAGCCAGCACCCCCACUGACCCUGUGCUGUGAAGGACCCGAGCGGGAAGAUGCUUUGGGCCACGUCUGCUUCUGCUAAUCCUGAGGUCAGACGGGCCGUCCGUGUCCCAGUCACCGGCUUUCUGACCCAUAGUCGCCAGCCCCCAGGGCAGCCCAGGACCAGAGCAGGGGUUCUAUCAGGAAAAAACCCCCCGCGCCCUGCGUGGGCCGUAGGGAGGCCUGGGGUGCGUCCCGUCUGCCCCGCCAGUCUGGCCACAGCAGAGGUGCCGCCCACUCUUUCUAGUGUCUAGUGUGUGUCUCAUGAAAUUUCAUUCCAAGGCACAGGCAGGAUGCCGGUCGGGACAGGGGGCUCUGGACCUGGGCUGUCACCGCCGGCCCCUCUGCCUGCCCGUGUCCGAGUCAGGGGGCCCGCGUCACCACCUCCACCUUCAGCGGCCCCCUGGGCGCGGCCCCCACAGGCCUGAGAGCGUCACGGACGCUGGGGCCUGUGCCAUAAUCCAGGUGCACGUGAGAAGAGAAGCAGCCUGUGACAGUCCUCCGGGGCGCCGGCCGGGCUCUUUUGGGGGCUCUGUGCCUUCAGAAAUGCCCAAAUGUCCUUCAACAGACUCGACUGUCAAAGCCAGCCACUGUCAGGACCGUACCCCGCCCAGCACGGUCAUCUGGGGCUCUAACACCCCAGCCCUGAGAAGACGGGAGCCAGCACUCCCAGGAGCGUCUGGGCACGAAGCCCCGACUCGGAGGACAGUUGUCCCUUAGAGUGAGCUGUGUAUGAAGCAAGGGGUUCGUCCCGCGGGCAAGCUCCACAGGCCCCACGGAGGCAGAGCCCGGACAUCCGGAGGAACACGUGUGCGAGACUGCACGGCCAUUCCUCCCUCCCCCCUCCCAGAUCUGGGGCACACAUACAGACCGCACGUGUGUACGUGCCACAUAUAUGCACACGUGCAUCGUGUGUCUCCGUGCUUGCACACGUGUGCACACACAGAGCCGGCAUUUUCCAGACAUUCGAGCACGAGUUUCAUUGCCCUGCGCAGAUGUCAUCUCUGUGACUCCUCAGUGUUCUCCGCUGUCUGGGGGAGGGGGCUUCACCAGGAGCAGACCCUUCCUAACGCACGCCUCGGGGGAGGGGGGGUGCAGACCCUUCCUAACACACACCUCGAGGGAGAGGGGGGUGCAGACCCUUCCUAACGCACGCUUCGGGGGAGAGGGGGGUGCAGACCCUUCCUAACACACGCCUCAGGGGAGGGGUUGCAGACCCUUCCUAACACACACCUCGGGGGAGAGGGGGGUACAGACCCCUCCUAACACACACCUCGGGGGAGGGGUUGCAGACCCUUCCUAACGCACGCCUCGGGGGAGGGGUUGCAGACCCUUCCUAACGCACGCCUCGGGGGAGGGGUUGCAGACCCUUCCUAACGCACGCCUCGGGGAAGGGGGGUGCAGACUCUUCCUAACACACGCCUUGGGGGAGAGGGGGCUGCAGACCCUUCCUAACACACGCCUCAGGGGAGGGGUUGCAGACCCUUCCUAACACACACCUUGGGGGAGCGGUUGCAGACCCUUCCUAACACACACCUCGGGGGAGCGGUUGCAGACCCUUCCUAACACACACCUCGGGGGAGAAGGGGCUGCAGACCCUUCCUAACGCACGCCUCGGGGGAGAGGGGGGUACAGACCCUUCCUAACGCACGCCUCGGGGGAGAGGGGGGUACAGACCCUUCCUAAUGCACGCCUCGGGGGAGAGGGGGUGCAGACCCUUCCUAACACACACCUCGGGGGAGAGGAGAGGUUUUGGGUGUCCCAGGGCCAACGCUCAGUAUCUGAGCACAGGGAGCCUUGCUUCCAGGGAUUCUUGUAAACCUGACAAUGUCCCAUGCCCGCCACAAACCCCAUGUGUCCUCACAGGUCAACCUGACGGUGACCACCAGGCAGUCUCUGUCUCUGUGCAGCCUGUCCGCCUGCUCCCGUAGCCGAUAGGAACCGGAGACCCGACGCUGUGCUGUGAACACCUGUAGAUGCAGAACCGUCAGACAAAAUACAGUAUUUUGCACUGUUUGCCCUUUGUGAGGCUGGUUAAUGGCAUCCACGUGCGUCUCUCGUCCUCGAUGGGGGCAGGCCCACCUCGGUGCGUGGCUCUGGCUUCUGCACAGGGGCCCGGGGUGGGGCCGGGGAACCCAGAGAGGCUGCUCCACCCGGACACUCGGGCCCCCUAGCCCCUGGCCCACCGGCAGAGCAGAGCACACCUCAUCAUUCAAACCAAAGAAACCCAGCGCUAAAUAUUAAACCUCGUGUGUUUCAGUAUCGAUUCAGCUUCCAGAGUCCACUUGGGACAGCGUGGUGACCCCAUUGCCACUUCGUGCUGUGUUUUCAGAGCAUCCAGUCCCCAGCAUGCACACCACACAGACACACU